CGCUGCUCUUGCCAUCUUCUCCGUCCUCCGUUACUACGGACCUGGCCAUCUUCUCCCUCCUCCAUUACUGCGCGCAGAGGCUGCUUCAUGCCAGCUUCCCCCUCCUCCAUUAUUACGGACAGAUCAGGCUGCUUCUUGCCAGCUUCCCCCUCCUCCAUUAUUGCGGACAGAGCUGCUUCUUGCCAUCUUCUUCCUCCUAGAUCUCCUCUUCACCUCUAUAGAAAAGGAUGUCCCCUAUCAGAUCUUUUCCCUACAUCAGCUCGACAGAUGAAUAGAUGAUCCGUCGCCCAAGCUCUGUGUGCAAAUUGAAACCAGGGAUUCGCCAAGGAACUUCCGCAAGACGGACAGAUGAAUAGAUGAUCCGUCCCCUAUCCGGUCUUCUCCAUACAUCAGGCUCAAGCUUGCCAGGGUACCCCGGCGUGUAGCUGCAAAUGGAUCGUCGUUCUAGUGGUAUUACACCAAGGGACCUGGAGUGCAUGCUAUGUGAUGAAACGGCAGAGCCCAAGGCUCUGCCACUGUCGCUCCUGGAAGAAAUCACAGGUGAUUUCUCUGAUGAGCAGGAAAUUGGUAGAGGUGGAUUUGCGGUGGUUUAUAAGGGAAAGCUUGAGAACAGGACUGUGGCCGUGAAGAGGAUGUCCAAUACGUAUAUGUACGAGAAGGAGUUCCAGCGAGAAGUUGAAUGUCUCAUGAUGGUCAAGCACAAAAAUGUAGUACGGUUUCUGGGAUAUUGUGCUGACACACAAGGGAGUAUGGAGAAGUACGAUGGAAAAUUCGUCAUGGCAGAUGUACAACAAAGGUUGCUCUGCUUCGAGUAUCUUCCUAAAGGGAGUCUGCAUGAGUAUAUCACUGAUACAUCUAGCGGACUUCCGUGGAGAGACAGAUAUCAUAUUAUUGAAGGAGUUUGUCAGGGAUUACACUAUCUUCAUCAGAAAAAUAUUGUCCACUUAGAUCUAAAGCCGGCAAAUAUAUUGUUGGAUGAUAAUUUGGUGGCAAAAAUUGCUGAUUUCGGUCUAUCGAGGUGCUUUGGUGAAAUGCAAAGCCGGGUUAUUACCGAGAACAUAGCCGGAACAUUGGGAUAUUUGGCACCAGAAUUUGGUAACGGUGUAAUCACGUACCAGUUUGAUAUCUACAGUCUCGGUGUAAUAAUCAUAGAGAUACUGACUGGAAAGAAGGGGUACCACGCUGUUGACAAUGUUGUUGGAAGUUGGAGUAACGUGAUGGGGAAAUCACAGAGCAAUGUACAGCUGGAACAGGUUCGAGUAUGUGCUGAGAUAGGAAUAGAGUGCACCAACUUCAACCCGGCGAAGAGACCAGAUACGCAAUAUGUAAUCAAUAGACUUGCUGAAACAGAAACCAUUGACGGAUAUAUCAAAACUGGUGUGAUUACUUCACAUCAGGUACGAUCACUCUCACACCAGGCCGAACAUGCUCCAAAUGGACUUCGUCAAGAUACGCCUAACACGCCAGGAGCGGCAAGCUCGGAGGAGAAUGUCACUGCAGUUACAGUGGCAGAGACAACCCCAUAUAACAGUUUUUGGAAAAAUACUGCAAAGCUUGACAUGUUGAAUGCAAAGGUUCACAAAUUGAAUGAGACGAUGCGUUCUAUUUGGUCUAUAUAUCAGCGGCUUAAUCCAGACAUCAGGCGAUGCUUAGAAUACUGCAGUAUUUUCCCCAGAAGAUGCAAGUUGAGAAGGAAUCAGUUAGUUGCUUUGUGGAUGGCGCAAGGGUUUGUAAAGACGAGUUGUGCAACAGAGGACAUGGAAGAUGUGGCUGAGGGCUACAUUCAAGAGUUAGUGUCAUGCUCAUUUCUACAACCAGAACAAACUUGGGAUAAGAUUGGUUGUUUCACAAUUCAUGAUGUGGUGCAUGGUUUAUUAGACAAGGUCGCUCGAAAUUGCUUCAGAAUCGAAAAUGCAGGUAGCCAAGGAGGAGAAGGAUGGAACGGAGAUGUCCCUCGAGAUGUCCAGCAUCUCUUUGUUGAGAAAUAUGAUACAAAGUUGAUUACCGGGAAGGUCCUUGGAUUGGAAAAUUUGUGUACUCUCAUUGUUUAUGGUGUUGAAGAGGAUACACUAGUUGAGGAAAGAGUGAUUGAGAGUAUAUGCAAGAGGCUGCUGAAAUUGCGGGUGCUUGCGAUUGCUUUCAGCCAGGAACAUGUUGCAAUCAAGAUCAAGGUAUGCAACAAGUUCUCGGUCCCAGAAUCCAUUAGUCAGCUAAAGCGCCUACGCUAUCUUGCUUUUAGGAUAAGCAACUAUGGCUAUCCGAAGGUAAUUUUACCAAGCACAAUACGUAAACUUCAGCAUAUCCAGCUCCUAGAUUUUGGCGAUGGCUAUGUUAAGGAGUUUAACUUUGGUGUUCAUGUCCACUUGCGGUACAUAACAUCUCGGUUCUACGACAAGCAACUUCCUAACAUAGGCGGGCUUAUAUCACUCCACACUCUAAGAGACUUCGAAGUAAGCAACCUACAAGAAGGUUAUGAUAUAAAACAGCUGAGGGACCUAAACAAGCUUCGUGGCUACCUGCACAUCAAGGGCCUUGAAAAUGUUAGAAGCAAGGAGGAAGCUCUUGAAGCCAAUCUAGCUGCCAAGGAACGGCUCACUGAAUUGGAACUGCGGUGGAGUCGUAAUGCUUCCAAUAGGUGCAGUCGAGAAGUUGACGCAGAGGUACUUGAGGGCCUGUGCCCUCCCCUAGGACUUAAAAAACUGGAAAUAUGGAACUAUCAAGGUACGAGGUACCCAGAUUGGAUGGUGGGUAAGCAGUACGGCUGCCUGCAAGAACUUGUGUUGUGGGAUUGGGGACAACUGGGGCCUGCUCCUCAGCUUGUUGAGUCUUUCCCACAUGUUCAUGUGCUAAAGCUUUGGAACUGCAGCUGGGACGCCUUACCAGGAAACAUGGAGCACCUCACAUCACUCAGGGAACUGGUGGUUAGUUCAUGCCCGAAUGUCCGGUCGCUUCCAACACUGCCCCAGUCUCUCGAGGGGCUUCGUCUAGCAUACUUGGAUGAUGAGUUCAUGGAGUCCUGCCAAACAGUCGGACAUCCAAACUGGCAAAAGAUUGAGCACGUUUGUAAAAAAAUAUUUACCUGAGCCAACAAGAAGGCAAUGAAGGACGUCGGACAGUUAUGUGCUGUGCGGUGAAAAAUACAGUUUGUUCAAAUGCAAGGGAAGCAAACUAGGAGGCGAAACAUGGCUACACUGCCAUUCAGGCAUAACAAAUGGGGAUCAUCAUCAGCCAAAAUACAAUUCAAGUAGUUACUAUCCAUUACAUUCCGGCACAGCAACAAAGAGAAUUUUCAAUUUUGCAUAACUAAAGGACGUUUCAGGCACUAGAUUGGUUAUGAUCUGUGAUGAUAACAUCCGAUUUGGUAGCAACGUGGGUUGAAUUUGACUAGCACUGCUAGCUGUUUUGUUUAUUUGUUCCCUGUGCUGUGUAUGCGUAAAGGAACUAUUUGGAUAAUGUGCUGCUCUGUUGCUUAUGCUAUGUACUAUAUGGAUCUGAUGUUUUGUGUGCUA